GAAAAAAAAAGUUUAUUAUAAUGUCUUCUGAACCUAAAAAGUUAUGGGGUGGUCGUUUUACUGGUGCUGUUGAUCCACUUAUGGACGCGUUCAAUGCUUCUAUUCACUUUGACCGUCGUAUGUAUGCUGCUGAUUGUAUUGGUUCCAUCGCAUACUGCAAGGCUCUUGCUAAGAAUAAUAUUAUUACUGAACAAGAACGAGAUCAACUUAUUGGUGGUUUGGAAAAGGUUAUGGAAGAAUGGGAUAACAAGACGUUUGAAUUGCGACAAGGAGAUGAAGAUAUUCAUACUGCUAAUGAACGUCGUCUUGGUGAACUGGUUGGAUCUGUAGCUGGCAAGUUACAUACUGGUCGUAGUCGAAAUGAUCAAGUUGCUACUGAUAUGCGUAUUUGGUUGCGUGAUGAAGCUUCUUCUAUUUUGGCUCAUUUAAAGGAACUCAUCUCUAUCACUGUGUCUCGCGCUGAAAAGGAAAUUGACGUAUUGAUGCCUGGUUAUACUCAUUUACAAAGAGCUCAACCUAUUCGAUGGUCUCACUUUUUAUUAUCCCAUGCAUGGUUAUGGCAAGCUGAUGCGGAACGAUUGGAACAAUUGAUUGAUAGAUUUAAUGUUUUACCUCUUGGAUCUGGUGCUUUGGCUGGACAUGCCUUCAAUAUUGAUCGUGAUUUUUUGGCGAAGGAAUUAGGUUUCCGUGGUAUCAUCAAUAACUCUUUGUAUGCCGUCAGUGAUCGGGACUUUGUCGCUGAGUUUUUAUUCUGGGCUAGUUUGACAAUGACUCAUAUCUCUCGUAUUGCUGAAGAUUUGAUUAUCUAUUCUAGUGGUGAAUUUGGUUUUGUCAAGUUAGCAGAUGCUUAUAGUACUGGAUCAAGUUUGAUGCCUCAAAAGAAAAAUCCUGAUAGUUUGGAAUUAUUACGUGGUAAAUGUGGUCGUGUCUUUGGUAGUAUGUCAGGAUUUAUGAUGUCAUACAAAGGUAUUCCAAGUACUUAUAAUAAAGAUCUUCAAGAAGAUAAGGAACCUAUGUUUGAUGCUGCUGAUACUUUGUCUGGAUCUCUUCAAAUCACUGCUGGUGUAUUGAGCACAAUGAAUAUCUUCCCUGAAAAAAUGCGUGCUAGUUUAUCUGCUGAUAUGUUGGCUACUGAUCUUGCUGAAUAUCUUGUACGAAAAGGUGUCCCAUUCCGUGAAACUCAUCAUAUUUCUGGUGCUGCUGUCAAGUUAGCAGAAGAUCGUCAAGUAUCCUUACAUGAAUUAUCCAAUGAUGAUUUUAAAUCAUUACAUCCUUCAUUUGCAGAUGAUGUUGCGUCUGUAUGGAGUUUUGAAACAAGUAUUGAAAAUAGAAAUACUCCUGGUGGUACUAGUCGAUCAUCUGUUACUGCUCAAAUUCAACAAUUGAAGACUUGGUUGGCUGCUGGCAAGACCUUGUAAGAUCUUCCCCCCUCGCAUUCUCUAUAUAUAGUCAUCUUUUAUUUAUACAAUUUUCCACUUUUUACUUUUUUUUUAUAUAUGAUCAUCAUCUUUUUUUACCAUCUACAUCUUAACAAAUAAAGUUCUUUUUUUUUUCAAUCAA